UGCUAGGGUGGUUCGCUCCUCGUGCUCGCAGCGAGUCGCUCGUUCAUAGCUUGUUUACUUUAUUUACAUCACAGUUCUAAUCAUUAUCAUCACAGUGGCAAGUGUCUAAACGAAUAAAGUUCAGUGUUGCAAAGGAAUUGGAGAUUAUAAAGUGUCGAAAGUUUCGUCGCGAUGUGCGGUAUCGUUCGCGUUGCGUUGAAAUGAGAAUGCAUCGCCCGGUGUGAAUUUUGUGGUGUAUCAAAAUCAAAUGUUCAGUUCGAGAGGCGCUAUGUGUAACCGGCAGCACUCGCAGGCGUGUUUGAACACGUCCCUGUCUAUAAGACAGGAGAUACAGAGGUUUGAGAGCGUGCAUCCUUCUAUAUACGCUCUGUAUGACCUUGUGGAGUUGGUGCCAGAUCCCCUACUGGCUCAGCAGAUUCGUGACCACGUCGUGGCUAUAGAAGGUAAUAUUUCCUUGCGAUUGAGAUGUGGGCGUCGAUUUAUCCAAGGUAAUCAAAAGCGAUAUUUAAAGUAA